AUGGCGGCGUUCGCGCGGCGCAAGGCGCAGCGGCUCGCGCAGUCCGACCCCAGCCGGAAGCGCGCGCUGGACGCGCGGGCCGCGGAGCUCGUGCGGCUCCUGAACGCGCGCGAGCGCUUCUGCACCACGAGCUCGUGCGACGGCAGGGUGAUCGUGACGGACACAGAUGGCACGGGGAUCCAGAAGAAGAACUGCACGUGGCUCCUGGUAACGCAUGACCCAUGUGCCAAAGGCGAUCUGAUGACGGCACUCAAGAAAGCCACUGGUGAUGUUGUGUUCAAGUUUGAACCGUUUGUUCUUCACGUGCUGUGUCGGGAGCUGCAGGAUGCACAGCUGCUGCAUUCGGUGGCUAUUGACUCUGGAUUCAGGAACUCUGGUAUUACAGUUGGCAGAGGAGGAAAAAUUACAAUGGCUGUGCGGAGCACUCACUGCUUAGAAGUUCCAUUGAGCCACAAAGGGAGAUUGAUGGUCUCUGAAGAAUAUAUUGAAUUUCUGGUACAUGUAGCCAAUCAGAAAAUGGAAGAGAACAUAAGGAGGAUUGACAGAUUCCACAAAGGCUUGGAGCUGGCUCUGGAAGCUGCUGUCCCUGCAGAAACCUUGUUUCCCAAGGGGCCAGAGAAGAGCCACUCUGUGUAUGUGCACAGAAGAAAGAGACGGACUGCUCGGGAGCAGGCUGAUCCCAGCAGAGAGCUGGAGCCCCAGGAUGAUACUGAAAGCAGCCUUGGUCUGUUUGCUGAAAUCAUGAUAUAGACUAAGACAUUUGAAAGCAAAUGGUGAACUGAAAAAGUUAUUUUAAUGCUCUUUUUAAGAUAUUUAUAUACUCCUGUGCUCCAAGUAGUAAUACUCUCAUGGACAUUGACCAGAAAAAAGGUAAUUAACAGAAUAGUGAGCAGGUGUAGCUACAGGACACAGAGAACAAAAGCCGUAGAAUGUUUUGUGAGUUUUUAAAGUGUACUGUUGAAUUCACAAAGUGGUACUCCAUCAGUUGUCCCAGAAACAACUGGUUUGCUGCAGAUUUUCACUGUGUUCUCUGUGGCAGCACUUCACUUCCAACUUGUUGGGUUUUGCAGAGCCAGCCAGCUCUGCAGUUUUCUCCUUCAGGAAGGGGAAGACAGGCAAUGAAGACUGAAGACCAUCCACUUGUGAGACAGCCAGUACAUGUGGUGGAAAUUCCACAGAAACCUUCCAAAGCAGCGCUGUGUGCACCGGUCUGAGACCUCAUGUGCGUUUGGACGGACUGGUUAAAGUAUGACUCAACCCAGGGGCAUAGUUUCUAACAGUGCUGAGCUGCUGGCCAGGAGCUGUGUGAACAAAACUGGAGUCCCACAGCCCAUGGGGCAGCAGGCAGGUGGUGGGAGCAGCCCACAGUGGGGCAAAAAACAGCAGCUCCUCAGGUGUGGGGAUGUGGCUUCUGCCACAGGUGUUACUGCAGCAUUGUUGGGAUGCGGGCUUGUGUCAGACCUUUGCAGUCACCAUUUUCCACAGACCUUCCUCUCCUCUCUGAGGGUCAGCUGCCUGUCUGGGCUGAGCUCAAACCCCAGGGCUUCCAUCAACAAAAAGCAACAUCUGCCUCCAUGCAGAGGGUCCUCCCCAGCCUGCUGCCUUUGCAAAGCCCUGGGAACCCCUGUUGCCAUUCCCACUGCUGGGAGUCCCACUAUUCCUGCAGAUCCCUCUUCACCACCUGGGGGGCAUGCCUUGCACACUGAGGAGGUAGUUGUUGCUUGUGGAUUUCAGGGAGUUUGUUCAGAAUAGUCUGAACCCUCCUCUGCAUGUGACAUUUCUUAAAAUGUCUGGCACUGGUCCUUUGGACACGGCUCAAGGGACUGACAACACCAGCACCAAGCACAAGCAGUGCCCACAGGCCCUGUAACAGCCCAAACCCUCACCCUGUGUAACAGCACUACAGUAUUUACAUUCUGAGAAAUACAGUUUGUCAGAAACUAUUACCGCAUUCCUCUGAAAAAUGAUAAAAAAUUCAGGAAGACUUUCUGGCAUCUUGACACAAAAAUGUUACCCUAAGUGCAUUUAUUUCCAUCGUCGCCAAUGAUUGAAGAAUGUUGGGGAUCUCGUACUAAAACUAAACAAGACCCUACAACAAGAAAAUAAACAGAGAAGGAUCAGGGAAACGUUACUUCAGUAUGUAGAACAAUUUUUGCAACUUUUUUCUGGUUUUUUUUUUUUUUUGGUACACCAUCCAAGGUUGCAGAGGGUGAUACUGAGGAGGUUUCACCACCCUGACACUGUUCUGGGACCAGCAACACUUUCCUUCAUGCACCACUGCCCUUAGACCUUGUCCCGUGCUCACCCAAGUUCUACCAGCUCAUUUUGAGGUUAAUUUUAUCAGGCUGUGUUUUAUUUCCAGCUGCUGUAUGCGAUUGUGCUGGGCUGUCAGUGUGCAGGGCACAGGCAGCAACUGGGAAGAGCAUCCAGAGGCAGCUGGAGGCAGCACCCUUGAAAGGGGGAUUCUGGGGGUUGUGGCUGCAGGAAAAUUCACCCACAAGCAACAGGACUCCUAAAACUAUCAAAUCUUCAUAAUUUGUAAGUGUGCUUAGCCACUUAAUUAAUCUAAAACGUAUUUUUAUACUUGCUCUCACUGUGUUAAAUUUCUUAAAAUUACAAUUUCACGCCCUGUGCACUCAGUUAUUUCAGGGGAGGCAAAUGGGUUCCUUCAUUCCAGGAGCUGAUUGUCAUUUCUCACCCCAUAGCAUUUCACAUCCACACCAGGAAACUACUCAAAUCAGCGCCGCAGCAUUCCCUGUGGCUGUGCCGCAGCUUCCGAGCCGGUUGUGCUCCCCAGCACAUCCAUGCACUUGGGCACAAAGUCACUUGACCCAGUCGCUGGGGUAAUUCUGUGCAUGUAAAUCACAGAUGUCAGAGCACAAGUGUUCGCUUGAAACAACUUCCUCUGAAAUUCAGAUACUUAAAAUGGUUUACAAGAGCAUGGCAGUAACAGCUGCAGAACGCAGUGAAAUCAGUGUUUUCACAUGGGUUAAAUGUCUCCAGACCAGGGUGGCUUUGCAUCUCUCAGCUUCCACUCCUGCAGGGCUUCACUUGAAUUUAACCAAGUCUCAAUUUAAUCAGUCUCAAGUUUUUUUUUAAUUUAUCAUAUUAAAUGUAUCAUGCACUGGAGGCUUAGCAGCUCUUCAGUAGUUUUGGUUACUGAAAAUACACAAUUACUUUGUAAUAUCUUGUGAAUUUGAUUUUACAUAGUUGGAUAUUAUGGGAAAUGUUUUACUUCUGAUCUACCCAUUGUUGAAAGUACUUCAGGGGAAUAUGCUUGGUGUUUUGUGAUAGAACUUUCAAAAAGGUGUGUCUUUAAAAAAUUUGUGUCUUUAAAAAUUAUAUAAAUACCUACAUUUCCUGAGCUGCUAACUUCAUUUCUUCACACCAGGAGAAAAUGAAGCUGGUAAGAAUUGCUGUCAAAUAUGCUGUGCUGGCAGUGGUGUGACAGCAGGCAGCUACCUGGGAUAAAGGUCAGAGAAUUCUCAGCUUUUUUUUUUUUUUCUUAAAUCAGAGAAUGACACCCAAAUUCCUUGUAGAGAUUACAUGAAAGAUCUUGUUCCACUUUCUGGAUGCAGUUUAUUUAUGGUACCUGAGCAGAUACACUAUUUUGGUCAAUUUUGUACUUGAGGGGAAAAGCUUGUUUUCAU